AGUUAUCAAAGGUUUGAAUAUGAAAUUCCGCGCUAAAAUGAUGGACCUACUGUAAAUUCUUGGUACCGGGAAAAAGAGUGGAAAAUAGAAAGUUGAUCACACCUUUCAGCGAGAUCUUUUCAAGAAUCGGGAACUUAGGAGAAAAUAGUGACUGGAUUUGAACUUGGAUCUUUCACUACGACCAGAAACAAAACUCCAAAUUCGGCAGUGGACAUGCCUCCAGACUGUGAGGUGGUGGAAAACUCGAAUCUCAAGGUGAAAGAUGAAAUGCACGUUGAUUUAAUUUUAUGAUAGCGGAGAAAUUAUCCACUACGAGUUUGACGUUCUGUACAGCCAUCAUGAAAAUCUGUAUUUAAGUUCUUAAACCCUCAUAUAUGUUGAAGUGCCAGUAUCUCAAACCUUGAUCGGACAAUUUUUGCGUCUUAAUAAUGUGUGCUUUCAAACAGUAGUUUCGUUGGAGCCAUUUUUGUGUGAAAAAAGUCAUUGCUGCAACAUUCACUGUAGCCCUGUGUUAUUUACCGGAAACUAAAAGCCUCCUUCACUUGAAGAUAUUUAAAGUGCUGUGACAAGACUUUCGGAACAUUAUUUCCAGCCUUGUUUCCAGACAUCUUGGAGUUUGAAUGCAUUAAGAUGAUGACUCUCAUCAAAGAUAUUCACGCUGCUUCUCACUCUGCUCUUCUGCCAACUGCUGAUGGGGUGGAAGAUGUGUCCACAUCCCAGCUCUUGGUCCUGGAUACAUUGAAGGUGUAUUGUUUCCAAGACUUAAAUCAAUCCGAGAAUGCAUCUCUGGUUGCUGCAGUGGGUAUCUAAGCAAGUGAUGUGGAAUCAUUGGCAGUCUUAGAGGCUUUGAUGAAUGAAUUCUUUGCUCCUGGCACAAGCAAUGAAAGGAAGAGAGAAAUUGAAGGUGUUUUACACAACUUCAGUAGCCAGGGAGGCGCGUGGAAACACUGCUUGUAUUUCAUGUCACACUCUACAAAUCAGUAUGUGUGCAUGUAUAGCCUGACAACUAUAGAGACGUUGAUAACAAAGCAGUGGUUGGGUCUGAUGUGGGAGGAGCGAGCACAACUUAAGGCCACAUUGUACCAGUUUUCAUUGGAGCAUCAUCAGUCAGCCCCUAACUUUAUCAGAAACAAAUUGGUGAAAUUAGUGGUAGAUAUUGCAAGAUUAGAUUGGCCACAUUUUUACCCAGACUUCUUCUACAAUAUUUUACAGUUAAUUCAGGCUCCAGAUACAACUGUAUUGGGUCUGGUAUUCCUACAAACUGCUUCAGAAGAACUGGUUUGUCCUUGGGAAGAUUUGAGCGUGUCACGAAAGGAGGAACUACGUCGCUUGCUCCUAGCACACAUCCCUCAAGUUUUCAGUAUUCUUACAGGUCUGUUAGAAAAUGUUUUGCAAAAUCAGAAACACGGUGUAACAGCAACUCCGCCACCUUCUCCGACACACGGCCAACCAAAUUCUGUGUCACCAGUACACACGGGUUCAUUGUUGAGCUCGAUGUUGGGGAGUGGGCGAAGUACAAGUGGCGGACUGGAUUCAAACAGUGAAACCAUUUGUUGUCUGACCCUAAACGCUCUUACGCAUCUCUUCUCAUGGGUGCCGUUAUCCUCCUACAUCACGUCUAACUUGGUAGCUGCAUUGUUCCGACUAGCUAGUGUUUCUCAGGGAGUAUCUCAGAAUGAAAACCAAAAUGUAGGGACUCUUGCUAUGGGUGCAAUCAAUGAAAUAAUGUAUAAAAAUUGUGUGCCAGCUUCAUGCGAAGACUUUUUGUUGAAUAUAUUCCAGCAUGCAAUGCAACUAAUGCAAAGUUUGAUACAUUCCGGGGCAUUGGAACAUGUAGAUGGAAGUUUUCUAGAAAAGUUAACAGAGUUCCUCCGCCUGUUUGUUGCUCUUCAUCUCCAUCGCUUAGAAGAAAGCCAGAAGUUUUCACCUGUGCAAGAAUUCCUCUCUCUGCUCUUCAAAUACACAUUCCAUACUGCCCGCGAGCAGUUUUAUAGAUGUCUGGAAGUGUGGUCGAUCUUUUUAGAUCGUAUGCAUAAUCGUGGGACACCAAAAGAAAGGUAUCAAGAUGCCUGUCUUUUACUGGUGCAAGAGAUUUUAAUGAAAAUGCAAUUCAAGCACAAUCGGGCUGAACUUGACGAACUGGAUGAUGAAUUGUUAGAUGAUGAUGAGCAAACAGAAUGGCAACAUUACUUGAGACGCUGCAUCGAGAUUAUAGCCAAAGUAGCAGAGCUUGCCCCAGUGGAAAUGUAUGAGCUAGUGCAUGAUCCAUGGAAGGAAGCAUCCACUGUUUACUUGCAUCUGGAGCGAGCUGUCGAAUCUCAUGAGAAUAUCGAUAACAGCAGACGUCUGACUGUUACUGAUGCAGAUGAGUGUUUGAGGCUUCACUGUCUUCUGAGAGAUUUGUCAUCCCUCACGCAGGCCGUAGGGAGAAUGUACCCUUACUUUAUAGGACAAGCAUUCAGUUCCCGUUUUCCGCACGCUCAGCAACUUGUGUCAAGAUUGUCUGUAAUGGCGACGUAUGGAACACAACAAAGACUGUAUCAUCUACAGGUGUCAAAUCCAGUUCUCACUACUGACCUGAUCGAGGUUCAUGCACAGGUCCUAGCUACUCUCAAAGCUUGGUGUCAUUGGCUUGCACAACUAUAUACAGAGGUCACGACGAAGCCAUUGUACGAUCAUCUCGUGUCAGACAUAGUGAAUUCUACAGUGCCGUUGCUCACAAGGAGAGGCGAGCCUUCUAAGUUGUGCCAUUCAGCUGCUCAUCUUCUAAUCACGCUUACCGGAACUGUGCGUCCUCCACAAAUUUGGGCUCUUCAGCCUGUUAGGGACAUGUAUAACAUGGUUACGACCCUCACACAUCUGUUGCCUGAGGCACAGUGCCUGGUGCAGCUGGCUUUGUGUAAUACAUUGCUACUACCCAGUCCAGGCAUGACAGACCAGUUAUGGGAUGUUCGUCACAAGCUGUUAGCAAACCUCACAGAUUCCUUAACAGCAGACUUCCAGCGACUGGGACACUCGGCCCAGACCCCGGAGCAACAGGCUCGUCCCAUAAUCACAUCGACACUCAGACUUCUUGGCGAUUUGGUAAAGCACAUGCAGUCAGAGAGUUCACACAGCAAGAAGCUUCUGUAUUCUGUGAUACAGGGCAGCAUACAUCAGACAUUGUCGAUGUUCCCUCAGUAUGUGCAGUCGCCUGACGUGUGUGAGGUGAUUCUGGACUUUUUUCUCACGGCAUUUGCUGGCUUACAGCAGCAGCUUGGCGCUACAUUUACCGAGCAAACUGUUCAGACUUUUCUUGGUGUCUUCACCAGGGAACAUCUGGCAGAAUCAUUGGGACAAGAGGGUGGAGCUGGGACACGUGUUGUUGAGAAGUUUCUUCAGUUGUUGCAACUGGUGAUGGCCGAGCCAAGUGCGUCGUUCAAACGUUUUGUUCCAAGUACCAUCUCUCUCUGCCUUGAUCAUGUUUAUCGAUUGGUAGCAGACACGCCAUCCCCAGAUGUAAAACCGGCAUUGUUUGGCGUUCUUCAUGCCAUUUUGUUGCACAAGUGGCAAUACUUUUACCGAACAUCUGUAUUGCGUGCAUUAUCUGAACCAGGAGUGGAAGGAAUUGAAAACCGUGAGCAUUUUGUAGGCAUUCUGCAGGCAUAUGGUCAAUCACUGUUACAGCCUGAUAUCAAUUUGUUUGGACAGAACCUACGUAGUUUGGAAGAACUUAACACCAAAUGGAAGCUCUAUCAUAAGGCAUUAUUCCGUGAAGAACUACUCCCUCAAUUCCUCACAGUUCUCUUACACUCAUUGGUCCACAAAUCGCAUGCAUUACUGGGUGAAGAGAUUGCUGUGUGUCUGUACAACAUGGCGGCUGUCAACUUCGUGGCAUUCCAUAAUGCUUUUCUCCCGCAGUUUCUUCAUUCAACUGAUGGACUCGAUGAUGGCCAAAGGUCUAUCCUGCAAAGAAAUUUCAAGAAUGACACUGACCUUCCUUCAUUUACCCAGAACAUUCAGCAAUUGGUGAAUGACUUGCGGUGCUACCGACUGUGUAAUGCAAGCCUUCCUGCAGGCAGUGUAAAACUUUGAAUUUCAAGGAUGAACAGAAUUUAUUUUAAAUGCACUUUGUGUUUAAGAGUGCAUAACUUUGCCAUAAAUUCCAGGUGAAAGUGCAUUACGUCAGUAGCAGGGUAGGUGUGUGCACAUGCAUGUGUGAGUUGAGGGGAAAGCAAUAUAUUUUGAAUGUUUAACAGAUAAUAUUUAUUACAAAUUUUAUUUAAGAAUUUGUUGAUUACCUGUUGAA